AUGUUUGGAAACAACAAUUCAUCCAACAGUCAAGGCAAUGCCUUUGGUGGAAACGUCAAUAACAACAAUUCAUCGCAAAACAAUGCAUUUGGUUUCGGAUCAAGUAAUACAAAUCCAAAUGCCAAUGUAUUUGGACAGAAUUCUAAGCCUAGCGGAGGCUUUACUUUUGGAGCUGGAUCCAACACUCAACAAACACAACCGUUGCCUAGUCCUUUUGGUGCACCCAAAACCACUGGAUUUGGAUCUGCUUUCGGAGCAAAUGCCGAUAUAAAUAAGAGUCAAACAACUUCAGGCCAAACUCCAGUUUUUGGACAAUCUAGAGCCAAUACAAAUACUUCCAAUGCUAGCGGAUUCAGUUUUGGUAAAAAGGACGAAUCUCCAGCAGCAGCAUCCACUGGGGGAGCUAGCGGUGCAACCAAUGCCGGGGGAUUAUUCGGCGCAAACAAACCAGAUCAACCAAAGACAUCACAACAAACUACACAGGGCUUUGGAACAUUCAGCACUCAAGGUCUGUCUGGACCAUCGAGCGCAUUUGGAGGUGCAUUCGGUCAAAAGAAGGACGACAGCCAGGAAAAGAAGCCAGCAUUUGGUUUUGGUGCUUCUAAUAACAAUCUGAAUGCUUUUGGUUCUACUCAAGCAGCUUCUAGUACCGGGGGUACUCUUUCAUUAGGGGGAAAGAAGGAGACGCCAGCAACCUCAACAAGUUUAUUUGGUGCAAAUAAAGAUGACUCAUCUGUAGCUACGAACACAAAUAGUGGUAGUUUCCAACUCCCCGGUCAGCAACAACCUAAAGCCAGUUCACCUUUUGGAAAUGUUGGAAAUAAUGAUUCAGAAAAAAAGUCUCAAUCGCCCAUGUCAAUUGGAGGGACUGCCUCACCCAAGCCUAGUAGUGCGGUAUUUGGAUUCGGGACCAAAAAGGACGAAGGCGCCGAUAAACCUGUGAGUGGUGGUGGUUUCUUGUUUGGUAAGAAAGACGAUGAGAAAGAUAAGCUUGCGUCUGGGUCUUUAUUUGGUGCUGUUAGUGAGAGUGCCAAACCUGCAGCUGGUGGAUUUUCCUUUGGCGCUAAGAAAGAUGAAUCUACACCUACACCGGGCCCUUUGUUUGGAGCUAAAACAGAAGAUGCUGCAAGUAAACCAGCUGAAGACUUAGCUUUUGGUGUAAAGAAGGAUGGUGGAAAGGACAACCCAGCAGGAGGGUUUAGUUUCGGUGCUAAAAAAGACGACGAUAAAGAAAAGUCAGCUGGAGGCUUCUCAUUUGGUGCUAAAAAGGAUGAUGGCACUACCAAACCAGCAGGAGGGUUUAGUUUCAGUGCUAAAAAGGAUGAUGAGAAGGACAAACCAGCAGGAGGGUUUAGUUUCGGUGCUAAAAGAGAUGACGAUAAAGAAAAGUCAGCAGGAGGGUUUAGUUUCGGUGCUAAAAAGGAUGAUGAGAAGGACAAACCAGCAGGAGGGUUUAGUUUUGGUGCUAAGAAGGAUGAUGGCACUACCAAACCAGCAGGAGGGUUUAGUUUCAGUGCUAAAAAGGAUGAUGAGAAGGACAAACCAGCAGGAGGGUUUAGUUUCGGUGCUAAAAGAGAUGACGAUAAAGAAAAGUCAGCUGGAGGCUUCUCAUUUGGUGCUAAAAAGGAUGAUGGAAAGGAUAAACCAGCAGGAGGGUUUAGUUUUGGUGCUAAGAAGGAUGACGGCACUACCAAACCUGCUGGAGGCUUCUCAUUUGGUGCCAAGAAGGACGACGAGAAAGAUAAACCAGCUGGUGGUCUCCUGUUCGGUGCAAACAAGGAUGAAGGUGAAACUAAGAAAGACACUGGUACUGCCAAUGUCGCUCCACCUUCUUCCUCCACGACCUCAUCUACAACUGAUCCAGCACAACCCAAUUUGAAACCCACUAAAAUACAGCCAAUCCUGGUAUCUAUAGACAACAAGAAUUUGGAUGACUUGAUUUUGAAAUGGUCAAAACAGUUGAGCUCAACUGCAAAACUGUUCAACACGUACACAGACAAGGUUAAAUCAUGGGAUUUGAAAUUAGUGGAAAGUGGUGAUGCAAUUACAAAAUUGAACCAGGAAUCAAUCGAAGUGCAAGCAUUGGAAUCCAAAAUCGAUCAACAAUUGCGAUUCGUUGAAAAUCAGCAAGAUGAGUUGGAGAAAGUAUUGGACAAUUAUGAACUGCAAACAGAUAUCUUGUUAAAUAAUAUAGAGCUCAACAAUAACUCCGGUAUUACUACCAAUGUUCCUGCAAUAACUGGAGGCGCCAAUACAACUACAAAUACUGCUGGCGCAAGUUCGUCAAGCUCAGCCUUGACCACCCGUGAGGAUACGCAACACCACCAACAACAACCUCUUGUACCAACAAGUGUCAGCUUGACAGAUAAGUUGCGGGAGAAAGCUUACUACAAUGCUGAACUUUUGGAUGAAAGAUUGGACACAUUGGGUGAAAACUUGAAUACAUUGAUAGCUGAGGUCAAUUCAAUAAGUACCAUUUUCAACAAGAGUUUAGCUAAAAACCUCAGCUCUUUUGAUGGUAAAAACGAAGGACAAGGGAAAAUUGGUGAUAAGAAGGCUCAAGGUAAAGGUAAUGACAAUUAUGACAAUUCAAUUGAAGAAAUUAUUCAAUUGUUGAAUCUUCAUUUGGAAAAUUUGAAAUUUAUUGAAAAUGCUGAAGCGGUGUUGAAGAAAAGGCUUUCAAAGACUAAGUAG